AAAAUUUGCCUAAGUAACCUCAAACAACAGUAUACUCAUUAAAUCAAAUGUCCAAUAGAGAGAAUAUUGUGUAUUGUUUGUAACAGUACUGUAAACGUCAAGUAGCGGGACUACGACAAGGCUGUAAGGAUCCAUUUUCGUAGUUGUAGACUAUGAGCAGACGCAUUCUUGAGAUUACAGAUGGGUCGACGUCGAGGUCACGUAGGCGCAGUAGGUCACCACAAGGCUCACCUGAUCCUACUCCACGUAAACGUAAAAGUAGAUGGUCUGCUGCCGAGACAGACCGAAUUUUCAUACCCGGUAUGCCAACUCAGCUUCCUCCAAAUCUGACUCCUCAACAGGAGAAAGUUUAUAUAAUCCAGCUCCAAAUUGAAGAUAUUUCCAGACGCUUGAAAAGUGGUGAUUUGGGUAUUCCAAAAAACCCUGAAGACAGAUCACCAUCUCCGGAACCCAUAUAUAGUAGUGAUGGCAAACGUCUCAACACAAGGGAAUAUAGAACUCGUAAGAAGCUCGAAGACGAUCGUCACGCACUUGUCCAGCAGCUGAUAGAUAUUAAUCCGGAAUAUAAACCACCGUCUGAUUACAAAAUAACCGACAAGGUAUUUAUUCCACAAGAAAAUCAUCCUGAUAUCAACUUCGUUGGGCUAUUGAUUGGACCACGUGGAAAUACCCUGAAAGCUCUGGAAAAAGAAACAGGAGCGAAGGUAAUAAUUCGUGGCAAGGGUUCUGUGAAGGAAGGUAAGGUUGGUCGGAGAGAUGGACUUCCAAUGCCUGGAGAGGACGAGCCUCUCCAUGCAUUCAUAACAGCUCCUACAGCUGAAUGCGUGGAUAAAGCAGUAAAGAAGAUAAAUGAAAUUAUUAGACAGGGGAUCGAAAUCCCGGAAAGUCAGAAUGAUCUUCGCAGAGCCCAGUUGCGUGAGCUCGCCCUACUUAAUGGAACUUUACGUGAGCAUGAAGGAUUGAUGAAACUUCGCGCAAUGGCUGAGGCGCAAUCAAUUGCCACCAAUAAAAUUCAGUGUGGUAUAUGUGGAGGUAAGUCUUUGAUGUAUGCUAUCUACCAAUAAGUAACUUGAGGCUUUUGUUGUCCUAAAGGAGGCGGUUUGAAAAUCAGUUUGGUGGCUUUUGGAUGUGUCAAGAUAUUUGAAUAAGUAAAUCCAAGUUGUGACUGGUAAUAGGAUUAGUGAUUCAUAUUACGCUCGAAUCGCAUGUAACGGUUAUCUAAGUCUCACAACCUAAAUACGCUUUUACUUGUCGUAGUUUACAUUAUGGAAAUGAUAAUCCUAUUCUAAUUGUUUUCUCUCCCUUACCGUCUAAAGUCUCUUAGUUUCCUUUUCUGUACCAUUGUAUGCUUUCUAAAUGAUUGGUGACCUAAACCUGUUGUGCCCUUGUGCACAUUUCUACAAUGAUCUGUAAAUACAAUAAAUACUUAUGUGUCAAAACUAAAUAAUUUCUUGAGUGGUGACGCACAUUCAAUUCCAAGCGUUUGCAAAGAAUUUUCUCGGAAGUUUUAUGUAAGUAGGGCGACUAAAGUAGUUAUUGUGGUGAGAUGAAUUGCUCCGCUCUUACCUAGUCUGGAUAUAAAUGCUUCCUUGUCAUAUUUUUUGUGGUCUGGUCUUAUCACAUGUCAUGCACAACUGUAGAGGGAACAUCCUCUGACAACAUAUGUGCAAAGUUCUAUGUCGUAAACAGACUAGUCUGUAUGUGGUAUUUUCUACACAGCAACUGUAAUUUCCGGUUUCAGGCAUAUUAACAUUUAUUUUCACAACGUGUGAAUACAGUGACGUGGUGGAUUUGAAUUCCGCUGACCUUUCAAUGAACAUUACCCACAGUAUUUUCACAAGAAAGUGUAAGCACUUCUGUGAUUCCCUCAGCCUUUCUUGUUUCCCCCAACUUGAGGUACACCGUCUCACACAAAGUUACGAUGAUUAGAGUGUAACAAAUCCAAACAUCAUCAUCACACUUAAAACAGUGAAAUGUUAUGACAGUGAAAGUGUUGAAUGUUUCUUCAAAUAAAUUCAGAUAUAUAGAAUACUUCCAUAUGUAGGCUUCUCAUAAUCCACACUUUGAUAUGUACACUACUUUUUGUUUACAGUCGUUUCUAUGUAACAUGAAUAAGUGUUGUGUUGUUUUUGUUCUAGGUGCUGGACAUUUGUCAACUGACUGUAAGGCACUACUGGGCGGUCAGGCAUAUCUCGAUCAACUGAAUGCUAAUCCAUCUGAAAGGGCUAAAAUGGAUAGCGAAUAUACUGCAUUGAUGGCGGAACUUGGCGUGGGACCAGGUUCUCAAGGAUUACCUCCAGGUAUGACUUAAUAACUAUACUGAAAUAUGAUAUCAAAGAUAUGGUUGUAUUUUGUAGCGAAGCUUUCAUCAAAUCAACCAUCCAGCUCAGAGAACACAACCACAUCAAAGUCAUCCAUCUAAGCUACAAAUAUUCUCUAUCAUAUCUAUAUUGUUAAGCGAAGCGAUUGAUUUCUAAUGCUUGUGUGUAAAUUCGAUGAAUAAUUAGUUACGGUAUUCCUGCGAAUAGUGUAUACGUACGUACAAUUUCGUGGAUAAGGCUAACGUCGACCAUGUUUGUUGAUUCAAGAUUCGAGGAACUCGACGUAUAGCUUCAGCUGUUGCUUUUGGUCUUAUUUGAUUGCUCUGUCAUACUGUAUACAUAACAUUGCAGAAAUCUAUAAACUGGAAUUAUCAGUUCACCCUUAUUUUGCUACUUCAGCAGUAUCUGAUCAGUGUAUAUGUGAGGAUUUAAGUCUCAGGGGAUUCGGAGCCUUACAACCCCAACCUGCUCGUCCAGCUCGUCAGCCUCCUCCUCCUGGUGUAGCACCUGAUGAUGACGACGAUGGAGACACUGGGACCAAUGGGACGACUGCCGUAAUAUCCUCAGCUGCCUCAGUCACAGUUUCCUCUCCGAGUCAAUAUGCAUUCACCCUACCGCCACCUCCACCUCCUCCAGCUAAUUAUGCACCAGUGAUAGCUCCUGUUGUUCCUUGGUCCGCUCCUGGUAUCGUUGCACCACCACUCCCUGGAUAUCCCCCCACUACUACAUACCCUACAGUUGUCUCCUCAGCUACGGGAUCAUAUGACGAGGCAACAACCGCUACUAAUGGAUCCUCACUGCAUUCAUGGCAACCUACAGCGUCAUGGGGGGAGGCCCCAUCACAUGUAUCUCCAGUUGCACCCGUUCCUGGUUCAGCACUGGCUGCUCCAUAUUACCUGCAAACACCUGAUUACUGGGCGGGAUAUGCAAGCGGUUACGGAGCUCCGAUACCAAAUCAGCCACCACCACCCCCUCCUGGAGUCUAGGUCAUAAUGAUUAUUCUAUCAGCCGUCAACAUGAGACUUUGUACAGAAUUCGAAGCAUGGAAGGUCUAAGAAAUGCACUAUUAAUUUUCAUUGAUGAAGAUAAAACAUUUUUUGUCAUCGUUAGUAAUUUUUGUAUCAAUACAUUUACUCUACU